AGCAUGGCGGACAGUGACAAAAUUAUUCCCAAUUUCACCUAAUGAAAGCACUAUUUCUGUGAUCCACAGGUAGCAGUUAUGAGUACCUUUCAGCUAGCAGGUAGAUUUGUACGAAAGUAUUUAUUGAGUCAACAAGCCAUACUGACAUGGUCAGUGGUUUUCGUUUUAUACCUGGUUUUGUUGCACCAUGCAUCACUUCUGAAUUUCUGCCGGAGAUGCAGAAUCCGGUUACAAGUGAUGUUGACAGGGAAGUACAGCACAGUGAUCUCUGAGAGAAUAUCAGAGACUGAGAUAACCGCAGAAAAGACGAAGGCAUCUUGGGAAUUGAAAAAGGGGAAUGUGGGGGUGUACGCAAUUCAGGGGCGGAGACAACACAUGGAGGAUCGCUUCAAUGUCGUUAACGAUCUCGAGCACACCGGAACGUCGAUUUAUGGCAUAUUUGAUGGGCACGGUGGAGAGUUUGCAGCAGAUUUUGUUGAAAAGACGUUGUUCAAGACAAUAAUGGUCCGUCUUUUGAAGUCCGCCUUGAACACCACAACAAAACAGAACUUUUCGUCAAUACUGACAGAGGAGAUCUUAUAUGUCGACAAGCAACUUUUAGCUGUUGAGAAAAUGACCAAUGAAGUAUCAGGGACAACUGGUUUGGUAGCUUUGCUCAAAGGGAACCAACUGACUGUUGCCAACGUGGGCGAUUCCAGGGGAGUGAUGUGUACUGAAAACGGGAAAGCCAUUCCACUUUCAUAUGACCACAAGCCUCAGCAGCUCAAAGAGAGAAAAAGAAUAAAAGAAUCUGGAGGUUUUAUAAGUUUCAACGGAGUGUGGCGCGUUGCGGGAGUCCUCGCAACAUCACGUGCCUUCGGAGACAACCCUCUCAAGGAGAAAAAUCUCAUCAUCGCGGAUCCGGACAUUUUAAACUUCGAUCUCAAAGAGACGAAGGCGCAAUUCAUGAUUUUAGCGACUGAUGGAUUAUGGGAUGCAUUUACAAACGAGGAGGCGGUGAUGUAUGUUAAACAUCGCCUCGACGAGCCUCACUUUGGUGCCAAAAGCAUCGUUCUCCAAGCAUAUUAUCGCGGGUCGUUGGACAAUAUUACGGUGAUGGUUGUGAAUUUCAAAGCUAACCAGACUGCGGUCUAUAAUCGUAAAGGUAGUUCAGCAUAGUUGUUGACACUUUGGCCUUUGACUGUAUGGGAGCAAACUUAAGGGCCCAAAUUCAUAAAAGGCGUUUAAGGGUUAGACAUGUACAACUUCUCUCUUAUCAGUUUCAGGGCCUAUUCAUAUUCUGUGAAGAUUUGCAUGAAGGGCCAGAAUCUGUCUAUUCAGUAGUUAAACGCUGUUUUAAGCUAAACGCCCUUUAUGAAUUUGGCCCAAGGUGUACCGUAGACUCGGAAAUACUAAACUGCCUUUUAUUUUGCGUUUACAGAAAAUCCGUAUGAACAGAGCAUGUUGAGAUCCUUGUUGAUUUAGGGUAACUGGGGAGAGGUACGUGUAGUCCCUUAAUUGGGGAUGGAUCUGUAGUUUGCCUUUUGUCUGAUCAGUGCCCCUAAUCGGUGAGCUCUGUUGUGGGGAAACAAAUGGCCAACUUCGGGUAAGUGUUUGAUCUUUCUGACAUCAAAAUCAACUGAUGUCAACCCCAUAUUUCGAAGAAGUUAGGCCACUUUAUCACAAGAGGCAAUCGUCUUGUUAGAGGCGAAUGUGGAUAGUGCUUUAAAAUCUGGAAAAACUCCUUUAAUGCUAAACUUUGGUACUUAAAUUCAUACAUAUCUGUGAUUGAACGCUACAUGUUCUUGAGUUGUGGACAAAAAUAUGCUAAAAACAUUGUUAGGUUAUUUACCGCGGUUGUCGAUUUCUAUCAAAAGCUGUGAUAUUUAAAGAGAGUGAAAUAUUUAAAGAAUAUUAAAUCAAAUUUGUGUAUACAUUUUAAAUCGAUGGUGUGAUUCUUACUGUUAGUCACUUAUGAAAUGAACUUUGAUUGCAAUUUUUUUUGGCAAUUGCUUGUAAAAAAAGCUUGUGUUCCAGAUUUUAGGCGUUUAGAUUCAUGCUGUGUUGAUUUGAUGAAAAAAAUUGUUUAGUUAAAGUGCUAGUGAUAAUUAUUUGUCAUAUUUGUGGUAGGAUAUCCUUUGUGGGACCAUUCUGAGCAGCACUGCUGUUCUUAGCUAUGCGAAGUUAUGGAACUUUUGGAUGUAAAUUUUAAAUCAUGUCAAAGAUAAGUUGGAGGGAUGCAUGCAUAGAACCAGUAACCCACAUUGUAGCCAUUUUGAGAAAAAUCAGCAUCAGAAUUAUUGUGCACUUUCUUGAUACCGGGUCACACAAUUGGUGGCAAUGACGUCAUCAAAGCAAUUUGCGACAAUGACGUCAUCAAAGCAAUUGGCGGGAAUGACGUCAUUCAAUGCAUAAAGCGUUGCACCUACAUUUUGUAUCAGGUUAUCGGUUCAGUUUUCUGUGCUGCGGUUGGUUUUAUUUUGAGCACAGGAAAACUGUGUUAAUGCUAUGAUGUUUUCCUUGUGCAAACAUACAUGUAUAGUUUAUUUGAAUGAUGGACAUGGUUGAUAUUGCAUUUUUCUUAUAUGUGGAUGUUAGAAUGUAUUUUAGAAAUACAAGCCAGAGGUAUAAUCUUAAGUUAUGAUUUUGAUGUUUAUUAUAUUUUGCACAGCAACUUUUCUGGUAACGUCGUUGAAGAUCUGACAAGUUUACUAAAGACUGCCAGUUCAAGAUUAGCAUUAUCAUGAUGGUCUCUCUUAAUUUAUUCUGAGUGUAUUAUUGUGUGUACCGUAGUGUAGAUCUAUGUAGCUGUUGUUUAUCUCUUUAUUUUGGCCGAUGGCUGAAGACCAGGGCCCGGUUCAAAACAAGUUCUGACACGAACGCCGGCAUUUAAUUUGGCUGGGAUUUUUGUGAUAUACAAGACUUAAGGACCAGCACCCACCCUCUGGUAUUGAAUUUUGGGGAAAAGUUGUCCAUCAAAAUAAAAAGAAGACUUUUUUAGUACAGCUGAGCUUAGUACUAUUCUUUAUUAUAAGAUAAUGGGUGAUAUGAAUAAAGACUAGCAAAUGCUUUUACUCCGGUUUUUAACAGAAAGGCCUAGUGUAAAUGUACAUGGAGAUUUAGAUAAAAGCAUUUGCUAGUUUUUAUUCAUAUCACCCAAUGUUGGAUUAUGUAGUUCUGUUGGUUGUGCCAUGUUUAUACAACAUACAACUUGAUCUUUCGAGUUCUCCAUAUUUGAUUCACAGUUUGACUACAUCGCCCUUCUAUUGACAGCAAACAAAUUAGCGGCACUUCACCCCAUGCUUGGCAGCCUGUCAACUUCAUCAUGGUCAUCGGUGCAAACCCCAGGUAAACGCAAGACUUGUUGCAAUGCCAAUGGUCAGGGAAGGGAUGAGUCUGGUCCACUUUGUACUUUUGAAACAUUAGUUUGAUCCAAGUACUAUAGAUGGCGACAAUUUUGGAUGUUAUUUGCUCGUUGGCACUAUUCAACAUUGCUGUCCUCUGCUCUGCACGGGCAGGUGCAGAUCAUGAAAAUGGCUCUGCGGGGAAAGGUUUAAGUCAAGCGUUGACCAAUAUGGAAAACCUGCUAGGCCAGGGGUAGUGUGGAACCUGUUUCUGGGCCUAAGUUUGGGAUUUAUACAAGUAUGAUCAAUA